UGGGGGGUGCAUUAAAUUCUAUCAGGACGAACCACACGAAAGAAGAGGUGUGCUGCCGGAGAGCGGAGGCGACCGGACGCUGCGGGCUGGAGACAUGAGCGGCGGGUCGCGGGAGCUGCCGUGAGGACGCGGAGGAGGAGGCGGAGGAGGAGGAGGCGACAUGGCACCGCACGUUUUCAAAUGCCUGCGUCGGCCCGGGCGCUAGAAGAAGCAACAGAGUGUGCGCGUGCGCUCGACCACCCGGCGUGUUGACGGGAGAGUUAUGGAAUAUGAGGAGCCGGACGCGGCCUCUGCUGACGGCGCCGUUAAAAGAGGAGGAGUUGUGUCCAAGAAGACUCAUUUAACCCAGAUUGAAGUUAUCCCAUGCAAGAUCUGUGGCGAUAAGUCCUCUGGCGUUCAUUAUGGAGUCAUCACCUGCGAGGGCUGCAAGGGGUUCUUCCGCCGCAGCCAGCUGCCCACCGUGUCCUACUCCUGCUCCAGGCAGAGCAACUGUCAGAUCGACCGGGCCAGCCGCAACCGCUGCCAGCACUGCCGCCUGCAGAAGUGCUUGGCCCAGGGCAUGAGCCGAGACGCGGUGAAGUUCGGCCGCAUGUCCAAGCGUCAGCGCGACUCCCUGAACGCUGAAGUGGAGAAACACCGGCAGCAGCAGCAGCAGCAUCAGCAGCAGCAGCAGCAGCAGCAUCAGCAGCAGCAGCUCCAGGGCGACACCCACAGCCUGCUGUCCUUCCCCGCCAAGGCCCGUGCGGACCGCUCCCCCCAGCUGCCCCCGGCCCUGGCCUCCUACGCCUUCCCUGGGGACACGGAGCUGCUGCCCUACGGCGCCGACGUGCAUCCCUACCUCGUGUGCUCCCCCAGCGACUCCCAGGUGCCAGGGAUGAUCUACCGCACCUCCGGUGUCUCCCAUGCAUCCCGAUCCCAGGGGAGGGGGGACAACGGCGCACACCCUGACAUUAGAGGGUUCGACUCUCACGCCCGACAGCCGUCCCACGAGCUGAUGGCCAUCCACUCCUACCGGGCCCUGGAGGACCCCUACGUCUUCUAUCCCCACUCUGUGCGGAUCACAGACGAGCUGUGCGCCAGCAUCGUGCGCUCCCACAGGGACACCAGCCAGUACCGGGUGGAGGAGCUGCCUGCGCUGCGCUGGAAGCUGUUCUGCAGGGAGGAGAUCCAGGUCUACCAGGGCAAAUCGGUGGACGCGAUGUGGCAGCACUGUGCCGCUCGACUGACCGACGCCGUGCAGUACGUGGUGGAGUUCGCGAAGCACAUCCCGGGUUUCCGCAUGCUGAGCCAGAACGACCAGAUCGCUCUCCUUAAGACAGGCUCCAUGGAGGUGGUUCUGGUCCGGAUGAGUCGCUUCUUCAACACAGAGAACAACACCGUCUUCUUCGACGGGAAAUUUGCUGGAGCUGAAGCCUUUAAGUCUCUGGCGUGUGGUGAUUUAAUCACGGCCGUGUUUGACUUCGCUCACGGCAUGUGCGCUCUGAAGCUCACCGAGCAGCAGAUCGCUUUCAGCGCUCUGGUGCUGAUCAACGCAGACCGCCCAUGUCUGGAGGACAGAGGCAGGGUCCAGCGGGUGCAGACCAGUGUCGAGCUGGGACUCAAGCAGAUUCUCCAUCGGGACAACCAGGACAGCCUGAUGCCCAAGCUGUACCAGAGGAUGGCAGUGCUGCGCUCCCUGUCCAGCCUGCACAUGGAGAAGCUGCGCUGGUUCUGUCAGCGGUACCCGCUGACGGCCCACUCGCUCUUCCCGCCGCUCUACAAGGAGCUGUUCGCCUCGGAGACGGAGGCCGCGCCGGGGACCACGCACUGACCGCGAACCACCACAUGCAGAGACAUAGACCACUCGUAAUUUCUUUUGUGGCAGAAUCUAUUUUUCUAAUGAUGAACGUAAUUAAGAUACUUUUAAACAUACAUAGCGGUAUUUUCCUAGCUUAAUCUACUUGAUUAUUCCAGGGAGACGUGUUGUUCUACGGCAGGACUGUAUCUGAGCGCGUCAUCAGUGGGGUGCGUUCAUUUUCUGUGUGCUCCAACUACUGUCAGUACAUCCACAACCAGAGAUUCACAGAGAACAGCCGUCACCCAAACGUGUCCUUGGAGUACGAAGCACUGAUCCACGGCACUAAAGUGACUUUCUGUGUGUAGCUUGUCUCUUCAUGAUGUCUUAGGUACAAAUAAAUAAAAGCACCAGGCAAUAAAACAAGCUUGAGACUUUCCCUAAUGAUCUUUCCGACGCUGGGAAAUUAGUGAGUCAUUAAUGUUGAACACACCCCAAACCAGAUUUGUUUGUGCAUUUCUAUGGCAACGUUUUGUUUCUCCCCGGGCUGACGAUGUCGCAGACCGACUAGCUGAAAUGAUUCAUUUUACAAGCUUUUAUAUUUUUCAGGCUUUGAAAACAUUUUGCAUUAAAUAUAGAACACCUCUCUUCCUCUGUGUGCAAAUCUUUCGUUUGUUUUGUCUACAUAUCUUUGAAUAAAACUAUUAGCGAAGAGGACCGGCUCAGAGGUCUCAGCAUUAAGUACUGUAUAUCUGGAUGUAGUCUGCUUCUGUCCUGGAACAGAUGUAAUGGUCUUCUAAUAAACUGCUGAGGCUGUGAAAAUCAUGAA